AUGACGUACCCGACCACCAUUCAACGGUUCGAAGUUUCUGCACCUGGGAAAGUGAUUCUUCAUGGGGAACAUUCCGUUGUGUACGGACAGCCGGCUAUUGCUGGAUCAAUUGGACUGCGUACCUACCUCAACUAUAGUGCACUUGACCAUUCGCCGACUUCAUCACCCAUGAUCAUCAUAGAGUUCCGAUCGAUUCCAUUAACUGCCAGCCUUACGGUGGAAAUGUUUGAAGAGUUUCUGCGUGAAAUUGAUUGUAACGAAGCACUUCAACCGGAUGCCUAUUUGGAACAAUUACGCUCGCCGGGAGAUUUCCCAUUCGCACGCUUUGUGCAAGAUCCGAACCCCUGUCUAACGGAGACGACUUCAAAGGAACGAAUGUCCCUUGGCUGUACGCUGUACAUCUUUAAUCGCGUGCUACGAUCGGAAGGUGUACGAUCAAUCGAUCGAUCCUGCAUCGGCGCCGGUGGGUUUCGUCUAUCGCUCCAUUCGGAAAUGAGUAUCGGAGCAGGUUUGGGAAGUUCCGCCAGUUACGGUGUUUGUUUAGCUGCCGGAGCAUAUCAUCUUACCCGAAUUCUAAAAAAUGAACCUUCCAUGAUGAGUGACCCGGCUGUGCGGAAGAAGAUCUACCAAUGGUCGUUCGAUUCCGAGAUCAUUAUGCACGUAAAACCGUCCGGGAUCGAUAACGAGAUCGCGACCAACGGUGGAUUGGUUCGGUUUCGGCGCGGUACCGGAGUAGACAAGGUCAUCACGCUGCGUCGCCCAGUACACGUACUGAUCGUGGACACGGGUGUUAGUCGUAGCACGGCAAUGCUUGUUGCUCGUGCGGCACAACGAUUGGAAUUGUUCCCCCGAACGAUCGGUCCAGUGCUGGAAGCGAUGGGUGGACUGGUCGAUGAAGCGAUUGCACUGCUCGAAUCCGACGAUGAUCCGGACACGGUAUACGAUCGGCUUAGCUCUCUCAUUAGCAUCAAUAACAAUUUACUACGUUCGUUGGGGACAAGUCAUCCGGCUUUGGAGAAAAUAUUUGCCAUCGCCGAACGGUACGGGUUCGCCAGCAAGUUAACCGGUGCCGGUGGUGGAGGUUGUGGCUUUGUGCUGCUUCCGGCCGGAUACCGGGAGCUUGAUUCAUUCCAACAGCUGACGGGUGCACUAAGCGAGGCUGGUUUCCGUUCGUUCGAGACGACCAUUGGUAUCGGGGCGGGUUUUACGCUUUGCUAA